AUGAACUUCAAACAAUCUAUUAAUCUAUUGAUGACUCCUUUUAAAGAAUCAUCAAUAAAUAUUACAGGUUUCCAAUUUAAAAAUAAUAAUGAGAAUUAUAAGAUUGGGAUUUAUACUUAAAUUACUUUGAAGAUAUACAAUAAUUAUCACAAUUAUAUUUCAAAGAUUAAUAGAAAUCAAUUAAAUUAUAAGAGGAUGAUAUGCUUAUUAAUGAAAAUCUCGAGAUAAUUUGAUAAAUUAUUGCAUUCUUUUGAAUUUUCAUAUGCCUUAGGGGUUUAAAAAAAAAUUACAGAUUUCAUGAAAAAUAAUCUAAUUGAACUUUUCCACUUGAUAACUGACAAAAAAAGUUGAAUUAUCUUAAUUUUUUAUAAUAGAAAGGACAGAAUUUAAGUAGAAUUUGUAGUAAUGAAAAAAGAAACUAUUACGAUAGGGAUUCGCAUAAAAAGAAAAUAGAAAAUAGAUUAGUCUGUUUUGAUAGUAUUUCUGAGAACCCAUAAAUUAAAUCACGAACAAUUUUGAAUGUGUGGAUAAAUAAUGGAAGGAAUACAACGCAUAAUCUGGAAAAAAGGAAUGCAAAUUAAAAAAAAUACAGAAUUAUUAAACUAAAUAUCUUAGAAGAGAAGGAACUACAAUUAGAUAAAGAAUGA